AUGAAAGGGCAAGUACUGCUGCUGAUUCUGACGGUGUAUAAUAUUGUAGGCGUAUGUGCACAGAUUCGCUAUUCCAUUCCAGAGGAGUUGAAAAGAGGAUCGUUCAUUGGUAAUAUUGCCCAAGACUUGGGUCUGGAGCUGAAAAGACUGCGGGAAGGCCGGGCCCGUAUCGUGACUGGAGACAGCAUUCAGUACGGAAAGCUAGAGACAGACAAAGGGGUUUUGGUUGUCGGUGAGAGAAUAGACCGAGAACAGCUCUGUGGCGAGAUAUCGCCUUGUAGCUUUAGUUUCGAAAUCAUUCUCGAGGGACCAAUGGAACUGCACACGGUUACAAUCUUGAUUCAAGACCAGAACGACAACGCGCCCCAGGUUCUCUACCCAGUACAGACUGGCGUCUCUCUGGUGGCUGAAAUGGUGCCUCGUUCAGCAGACGUCGGAUAUCUUGUCACUAAAGUGGUCGCUGUUGAUGGGGACUCCGGACAGAAUGCCUGGCUCUCAUAUAAACUGUUGAAAGCCACGGACAGGGCGCUAUUUGAAGUGGGGUCACAGAAUGGAGAAAUAAGAACUUUACGCCAGGUCACUGAUAAAGAUGCUGUGAAACAAAGACUUACUGUUAUAGUGGAGGAUAACGGACAGCCCUCACGCUCUGCUACAGUCAACGUGAACGUGGCGGUGGCGGAUAGCUUCCCCGACAUGUUCUCAGAAUUCACUGAUUUUACGACGCAUGACAAGGAAUACAACGACAAUAUGACUUUUUAUUUAGUACUGGCCCUAGCUGUAGUGUCCUUCCUCUUCAUUGCGUCUUUGGUAGCAAUAAUAUCAGUAAAAGUCUACAGAUGGAGACAGUCGCGCAUCUUCUAUCAAUCCAAUCUGCCAGUUAUUCCGUAUUAUCCACCCAGUUACGCAGACGCUGGAGGCACAGGGACUCUGCAGCAUAUGUACAAUUACGAGGUGUGCAGGACCACUGACUCCAGAAAGAGUGACUGCAAGUUUAUCAGACCCUGUAGUCAGAGCGUUUUAAUAGUGGAUCCUAGCUCUGCAGAAACGUUGCAGCGCGUGCAGAAAGAGACAGACAUCUUGGGCGAGCCAGAUUCACCGCUACAGGUGAGAUUGUGUCUUUCUCAUUUUCAUUUCUGA